ACAAUUCAACGCACAUAAAGAGUGUGUGCCCAAGCAAGCAUUGUAAAGUUGCGCCCCCACGGUGGCUGAGCUCGCUGCUGAGGCAGGAUAAAAACUCCAGCCCCACUCAACCAUCGAUGGGAAGCGGUUGUUCAACGUCAGUGGCGAAGCCAAUACAGCCUCGAUGGGUGGCGCCGGUUCUGCCUUUAGCGGCAUGGCCAUUCGAGGAUGUGCAAGCUUGGUUCUUGACCUUGCCACCCAGCCUCCACAAAUACGCGCCUCGCCUCGCAUGUGACACGGGUGCAAUCGUGGUGCUCUGGAGCGACACGCUGCUGGCGAAGGCGGGCGUGGCUGACGAGUUUGACCGCGAGCGCCUGCUGACGUACCGGAAUCUGCUAGCGGCGCAGCAGGCGACGGCGGCGGCGGCCACCGCUGAUGCACCCCCGGUAUGCACGGCGCCACCACCGCCACCACCGCCACCGCCGGCAACAGAGCCAGCGGCAGGAGUGCCUGUGCCAUCGGCUCCCCGCAGUGGCGUCAUUGACGCGCACCUGAGCAUCCAAGUGACCCACACCCAGCAAGGCGCCGCCGCCGCCGCCACCACCGCCGCUGGCGCGCCGCCGCCGCCUUUGCGGCCGGCGGCAGAGGCAACAGCAGGGGUGGCGGUGGGCGGCAGCGGCAUCAAGCAAGGGACGGAAGUGGUGCCAUCAGGGAGUGCUGGCGCGCCGCCGCCCCCUGGCCCCAAACCCAAUGCAGCUAUGCGGGAAAAGCUUAUGUCGGCGCUGAGGGUCGGCGUGUCUGUGGGUAUCAAGCUGCUUGAGAACGUGGGGCCGGUGCUGCCCAUCCCCGGCCCCACUGCGGCCGCGGUGCUGCAGAAGGUGCUGGAGGCCGCAGACCAGGCGCUGGUCAACGCCGACAACGUGGCCGCGCUGCGCGACCGCGCGGUGGCGUUCAUGGACCUGUGUGUGGAGUACUCGGGCACGCUGGGCAGCAAGGGCGUGUACAAGCGCACCGUGUCGCGCUUCACGGAGCACCUGGAGGACAUCCUGGCCUUCUGCACCGAGUACCGCUCGCGCGGUGUGGUGCUCAAGGUGCUGCGCGGCGGCAGCGACCGGCAGCGGCACGAGGACCUGUGCGCGGCGCUGGGCGAGCUCACCGAGGAGGUGGUGCUGGUGGUGGGCGUGGACACCAACAGCCAAGUGGACGAGGCCGUGAAGCUGUUGCGGAGGCAGGCAGCCUACAUGGACCGCUCCGAAGCGGUGGCGGCGCAGGUGUGCGCGCUGGGCGGCGUGGAGGCGGUGGCGGCCGACCCCGCCAAGCUGUCCGCCGUCAUGACCUCACUGGACAGCGGCCAGGCGCUGACACUGACCGUGGUGUCGCAGCUCAUCGCGGCGGCGGCGGAGGCGGGGCCGCACCAACAGAUCCGCCAGCCCGACCUGCGCGUGUUCUGGCGGGCGCAGUACGGCAAGGAGGCGGAGGUGCCGUGGGUGGUGUUCUGGUCCGACUUCCCGCACGUGAUGGAGAUCGCAGCGGAGCAGCGCGCCGCACUGCAGGCCGCCAUCGCCACGCAGGAGGCACGCAAGGCGCUGCAGGCGGCCCUGGAGCUGGACGGCAACCCCGCCCGGGUCUCCGUGUACGACCUGCGCAUGGCGUUCCGCGGCGACUCCGACCUGCUGGAGGAGGUGGUGGGGCUGCUGGGCGCAGCCGCGGCGUCGGCGCUGGGUGGCGGGGGCGGUCUGCCAGCAGCAGGCGGCAGUGAGGGUGGCGGCACAAGCACAGCGCCUGCCGAUGGCGCAGAGGCGGGCGCCGCUGCGCCACAGCCGGCCGCGGCCAGCUCAACCGCAGCCACCGGCGGAUCCGCCGCCACCGCCGCCGCUGCCGCAAGCACUGCAGCCACUGCCGCUGCCUCUGCCGCCUUUCGGUGCCAGCUGCCCUCCAAGGACCCCAACUACACGGGCCGCGACGCCGAGGCCGAGCAGCUUGCCGGCGUGCUGGCGGCGCCGGGCGCACAGGCGCUGCUGCUGGUGGCGCCGGGCGGCUACGGCAAGAGCUGCCUGGCAGUGGACGUGGGGUGGCGGCUGGUGGCGGCGCGGCGCGUGCCCGCCGGCGCGCUGUGGGUGGACCUGCGCGAGGCGAGCAGCGCGUCAGAGGUGACCUCGCGCUUCUUGGCCGCGGCGGGCGUGGACAAGGAGGAGCAGCUGAUGCCCAGGCUGCAGCAGGCGGUGGCAGCAGCCGCAGCGGCCGGCGGCGAAGAUGGUGGCGGAGGUGGCGGUGAUGAAGGCGGCGGCGGGGCCGGGGCCGCGCUGCUGCUGGUGGUGGACAAUGCGGAGGACCCGCUCAACUGCGACGGCGGCCGCGCAAAGCUGAAUGAAUUGCUGGGGAAGUUGCUGCUCCUCACAACGCCGGGUGGCGGCGGCGGCGGUGGUGGCAGCGGCGCUGGCGCCGCCAAAGUGCUGAUCACCACGCGCCCCACACAGGCAUCAGCACCGCUCGCGCUGCCGCCCAGCUGUAGCGCGGCGGGAGUGACGCUUCACACGCACGUGGUGGGAGAGAUGGACCCCGCCGCCGCCGCGGGGCUGCUGUCCGCCACCUGCUCCGACCUCACGCCGGAAGAGGUGCAGCGGCUGUGCGCGGCCUGCUGCUACGUGCCGCUCGUGCUGCGCACCGCAGGGGAGGCGCUGGCGGCGGGCCGCACCACUGUGGAGGAGCUGCUGCAGCAUGCCGCCGCCCACGGCGGCGGCAGCGGAGGCGCUGGCGGCGCUGGCGGCGCCGCAGGCGGCGGCGGAGAGGGAGGCGGCGGCGGGGACGGCGGCGGCGCGGCGGCGGGCAACACCAGGGGCCAGUUGGCGCUGGUGCUGGGGUGCAUCAGCCGCCGGCAGCAGCAGGCGAUAGCGCAGCUGUCCAUCUUCCCAUCCGGCUUCGAUGACGAGGCCGCCGGCGUCGUACUGUACGGCGGCGGCGGCAGUGGCGGCGGCAGCAGCGGCGGCGGCGCCGCCGCCGCCGCCCAGCAAGCACGCCCCGUGCUGCGGCUGCUGUACCGCGCCGGGCUGUUGUCGUACAAUUCGGCGCGGCACCAGUAUGUCAUGCACAUGGCCGUACGGCGGGCGGCGGGCGAGCUGGCGGCGGCGGCGUGCCCGGCCUGGCUGCGCGACGCGGAGGCGCGGUACGGCACGCACGUGGCGGGCUGCGUGUCGCAGUACGAGCAGAUGUACGGCAGGGCGGCCGAGUGGCGGGUGGCUAUGGCCAUGACGCGCGACGCGCAGACUGACAUCACGAACAUGCUGAAGCUGGGUCCGGUGACGUCGGGGGCGCUGGGGCGCGUGGUGAGCAGCUCCACGCUGGACCUGCUGAACGCCCUCAACAUGCUGCGCCCCCUCAACGCCCUUCUGGGCACCGCCAUCGAGGUGCUGGCGGCCGAACAAAGCAGCAGUAGCAGCAGCAGUAGCAGCAGUAGCAACAGCAGCAGUAGCAGCAGUACAGGAAAGGCCGAGAGCGCCACAGCACCCGGCAGCGGCGGCGGGGCCGGCGAGGCAGCGCAGCAGGCGGCUGCGAAGGCUGCCGCUGACGCCGCCGAUGCUGCAAGCGCGCUGGUGGGGCUCCUGCUGCUGCACGCCUGGUCUCACUACCUGCUGCACCAGUUUGCAAAGGGCGAGAAGGUGGCGCGCCGCGCGCUGCAGGCGGCGGAGCGGGGGCUGGGAAAGGAGCACCCCACCACGCUCACUGUGCUGUUUGUGCUGGCGUCAUGCAUCAAAGACCAGUACCGCUUCGAGGAGGCGGAGCCGCUGCUGCAGCGCUGCCUCGACACCCGCGAGUCCGUGCUGGGCCAGGCGCACGCCGACGUCUGCUCCUCGCUCCUCUACCUCGCCGCGUGCAUCGACACCGCCGGCCGCCCCGACGAUGCCGAGCCGCUCUACGCGCGCUGCCUGGACCUGCAAGGCAGAGUUCAGGGCGCCGAGCACCCCGAGACGCUCCGGACCAUGUUCUGGCUCGCCUACUGCUACCACAAGCUGGACCGGGACGCGGAGGGUGAGGCGCUGGCGACGCGCUGCCUGGAGAUACAGCAGCGUGUGUUGGGACCUGAACACCCUGACAUUGAAAGCACGAAGUCGGUGCUGUCGUGCUGUAGGAGCUAGACAGCACGCACCUAGCAGUGCUGGUAGCAGCGAACGGGGGGUGCUGGGGAGGAGGGUUUCCAGGGGGGAGGGUUUCCAUGUUAGACAUACGACAUGGACACAUGGUUGCUUGGUUGCACCAGGUACUUAGCAGCGGCGAGGCGCUCUGCUCUGAGCCACAGGGCAGCAGCGGAAGGCGGGGGCGGCACACAGGGCUUUACGGGUGCUGCCUAACGGCUGCAACGAUGUUGAACUGACCGUGCACAAAUCCGGUGGGUGUUGUCGAUAUGUGAUUACGCAAACGGAGGAGUUGAGGAGUUGGACGAGGACACAGUGGGUCAGAAGGUCGCCGUGUUUGGGGAAAGACAGCUUCGUGUGCGAAUUAUUGGCGCCUAGGUGGGCUCAAGGGUGGGCUGCAGCGCAGGGGAAGGCAGCGAAGGCCGCCCGUGCGCGCGAGCAUACGGUACGCUAGACAAUCACUUUGAGCACUUCGCUGGUGUAUGAAGGGAAUUAUGUACGUGAAUGACCCUCAUAGCGUUCCCGGGACGUUAGCUGCAUGGGCGCCUGCGCGCCGUGGCGUGUGCUGUGCAUCUGACAUGGAGGCUGACGAGUUGUUCAUCGGGCACAGGCUCGGCUUUCCGAACCUUGA